CGACAACGGAAAUGAGCCGUCGUCUACUUCCGGUGGGCACUCUGGCGCUGAUAUCGGUUAACAAAUCCAUAAAAGACUUAAACGUUUAGUUGUUUGAUGGAACUGGAUCUGCGCUGAUUGUAGAGUGGCGACCAGGUUGUCGUGUCCGUGCAGGAGAGUGCCAUGGAUGAGCACGGAGCAGUUAGUCCCUGUUCAUCUGAAAGGGACAGUCCUGGAGGGCUAAACCGAGGCUUCCUGCUCGAGUCCCCGGACCUCCUCCACCAGGAUCUGGCCACCAUCAUUCCAGAAACGCCCAGCCCACAGCUCAGGAAGCGGAGGAGACGUGGUCGGGUCCCAGAGGAACAUUUCAGCCCUGUGGUGUUUGAAGACUCUCCGGGACCACAACACCCCACCCACAGUGAACGGGGUUUUUUGUGUAAACCUAAACGCAGGCGGCUGGCAGCAGCGAUGGGAGAGCGGAGUGUUGGCUUUGUUCCUGCAUCAUCUCUGAGGAGUCUGGACAGCUGGUUGGAGGCUCCACUGUCCACUGCAUCCUGUUCCUCCUCCUCUUCAUCGUCAUCCUCCUCCUACCUCACACCAGCAUCAGAGGAGGAAGUGGAAGAGGUGUCUCUGACUGUGACAGACUCCACAGUAGUAGCCAGUCGUGGCUGUCUCACCCAGAGAAGGCAGCAAAAUCUAAUGACGGCUUCAGCAUCACUGUCAUCCAGAUCUGACUCUUUGUCCUUCCUGACUACAGAGGAGAGGAGAUGGCUGAAUGGUGAACAAGGAAACACCUCAACAGUGACAGCGGAGCAGAUCAUCAUCAGUGACGAUGAGGAGGCUGUGGUUCGCUUAGUACAGAUGGAGGAAGAUGAGAUGUUGGCCCGAAGCUUGCAGGCCCAGUAUGACCGAGAGGAAGCACGGAGCACACACCACCAGCACCACCAUCAUCAUCAUCAUCAUCAGGGCCACUACAGGUACUGUCCUGACAUGGAGCCCAGCUGGAUGUCUCACAUGCUGGCAGCGGUUUCUCCUGCGGUGGCCUUUGACAACGAUCUGAUUGGUCAGCGUGGGAGACAUGGGCGGGGCAGAAGGAGGAACGCCAUGCCUGAGUUUUCAGAGGAUCUUCAGGGAAACGACUAUGAGGCUCUACUGGAGUUCGAGGAACGUCAAGGUGCUGUUGUGUCCAAAAAGCUCACUCAGAGGGAGAUCCAGAGGUUCCCCACCAAAACCUUCCAGGCUGCCAGCAGCACCAGGAACACCCAGUGUCAGAUCUGCUUCUCCGACUACAAAGAGGGGGACAAACUCAGGAUGCUUCCCUGUUUCCAUGACUACCACGUUCAGUGCAUCGACCGCUGGCUAAAGGACAACACCACCUGUCCCAUCUGCAGAGCUAACCUGGCUGACGGAGACUGCCUCGCCCCCCCAGCCCUCUGACCUCGCUGGGAGCUGCCGCUCUACUGAGUGUUGCUGUCGGACCAGUCGUCACCUUGUCUCUUCUUUUUAUACUUUUAUUUAAAUGCUGUCUCCCUAAAUUAACUGGGUGACAGCUAUUCCAGUUUUUACUGGUGGAUUUUAGUGAUGCUGAAAUAAAAUGAACACACUCUUGCAUUUUGUUU